ACAACACACCAAUUGUCUUCUUCAACAUGCAUACUGCUGGAUCGAGUGGAGGCCAUGAUGCCUUGUCCAAGCGACGAGCUCAGUUCGCUGGCCCAUCAGGUGUCAAAGGUCUUAUGCAAAACUCACGCAUCUUUCUUCUUGCCGUCUUUGCUUCGCUCGGUGGUUUCGUAUAUGGAUNNGUCCUGAACAUGUCAUCUUUCAAGGCAACUGUCAACCCCGAAUCCGUCAAGAACCCAACUACCAGAGCAUGGGUUGGUGUGUUGAUCAACGGAUACAACGCCGACAAGUUCGGUCGUAAGAUUGCCACCCAGAUUGGUGUUGCCGUCUUCAUGAUCGGUGUCAUCGUCCAGGCAUGCGCCAAGAAUGUCGACUACAUUUACGGUGGUCGUUUCGUUACUGGUCUCGGUGUCGGUAUUUUGUCGAUGAUUCNNUACAACGCCGAACUCGCACCUGCCGAGAUCAGAGGUUCGCUCGUCUCGCUCCAACAGCUUGCUAUCUGUACUGGUAUCAUGAUCAGUUACUGGAUUGGUAUGUCCCUGUCUUACGUCCCACAUCAACAAUCAUCUGACUUGUGUAUUCAGNGGUAUGGCACAAACUACAUUGGUGGCACUGGUGCCAGUCAAUCUAAUGCUGCAUGGUUGGUUCCUAUUUGCAUCCAGCUCUUGCCUGCCAUUAUUCUCGGAGUUGGUAUCAUGUGGCUCCCACAAAGUCCCCGCUGGCUUGUAUCGAACGAUCGUGAGGACCAGGCCUUGGAUGUUCUCGCGGACCUUAGAAGAGCGCCCAAGGAAAGUGAGAUUGUUCAACUCGAGUUCCUCGAGAUCAAGGCCCAGCACAUGUUUGAAGUCGACAGAUCAAGAGCAAAGUUCCCCCAAUUCCAGUCUGGAAGCUUCUCGGACAACUUCAAGCUUGGAUUCUACGACUACGCUUCCUUGUUCACCAACAAGUCGCUCCGUAAGAGAGUCUUUGUCGCCAUUUUCACCAUGGGUNCCGGUAUCAACGCCAUUCUGUACUACGCCGCUUUCAUCUUCCAGGAUCUGGGCUUGACUGGCAACACUAGCUCGCUUUUGGCCAGUGGUGUCGGUGGUAUUCUGCUCAUGCUCGCCACCAUUCCUGCCGUCCUCUACAUCGAUCAGCUUGGUCGCAAGCCAGUCCUCAUUGCUGGUGCCAUUGGCAUGGGUAUUUCGCACAUCAUUGUCGCCGCUCUGUACGGUACCUAUGGAACAGCAGCCAUCAUGUGGCGAGGACACGCAGCUGCUGGUUGGGUUGCCGUCGUCUUUGUCUGGAUCUACGAGAUCAACUUUGGAUACUCUUGGGGAGUGANNCCUGGUGCAUGGGUCCUCGUCGCCGAAGUCUUCCCUCUUGGAGUCAGAGCAAAGGGUAUCUCCAUCGGCGCCUCGUCAAACUGGCUCAACAACUUUGCCAUCGGCCAGGCCACCCCCGACAUGAUUGCAUCCAUGAAUUAUGGUACCUUCAUCUUCUUCGGCAUCAUGUGUUUCCUCGCCGCCGCCUUUAUCUUCUUCAUGGUGCCCGAGACCAAGGGUCUGACGCUGGAAGAAAUGGACGAGGUCUUUGGUGACGAAGCCGGCAAUGCUGCCGAUGACCGCGCUCGCCUCGACAGAAUCUACACCGAGCUGGGUCUCAUGGAGGGUGGCGAUCACCCCAUGAACGGCGAGAAGAUAAAUGGCGAGAAGGUUGCCGCCAUUGAUAUCAUGAACACUGGCGGAUACAAGAACACGAGCUUUGCCCAGGGUGGCAUG